UUCCGGUGUCAUGUCCGCGCGCACGUGGAGUUCUUGGGGAACUGGAUUAUAGACGUUUGUUUUGUUGUUUUAUGUGUAACAUGUGAGUAGCGAAGCGGUGUUUCUGGUCACUGAUUAGGGGUAAAUACAGGUAUAGCGCGAAACUGUGUGUGUGAGAGCCACUUAUAGUAUAGCUGUAAUUUCCCCUGUUAAGUAGCACGAUGUCAGAGACAGCAGCAGAGAAAAGCCGCGGGCUGAGAUUCGCCGAGCAGCAGCUUCUCCGUCACGGCUGGGAGCAGGGGAAAGGUCUAGGAAGGGCUGAGAACGGCAUCUCUGAAGCAAUCAAAGUUAAAGUGAAAUGUGACAAAGGAGGGGUUGGCCACAAGGAAAGUGAGCAGUUCACAUUCCACUGGUGGGAUCAUGUGUUUAACAAGGCAUCUGCCGGCUUGGCUGUGGAGUCUGAUCAGAAUGGGGUGGUAGUAAAGAAAACCGAGGAAGAAGAAAAUGGAAUGAUUUCUAACAAGAAGCCCCGAAAGGCCAUGAUGAAUAAGUCUAUGCUGUAUGGAUGCUUUGUCAAGUCUGCUACUCUCCUCUCAGGUGAGGAACAACCUGAACAAACAUCAUCUGUCUCUGAGGACAGUAGCUCUGAGGAUGAAGAGAAGCUAGACCUUUCCAGCACGAAGAAAUUAUCUGAUAAGGAACUGAUGAAAGCAUGUGGAGGACGCACUGCACAUAAAGGUGCCAGACAUGGUCUUACGAUGAGUGCCAAACUAGCCAGACUGGAACAACAAGAGCAAGAGUUCAUGGCUAAAUAUGGCAAGAAAAAGCAGAUGGACAAAACCACGCAUCCAAGUGAAGCACUGCCAUCCAAGCUUACUUCUGCAUUAGAACAGGAGAAGGAAGAGAAGACCAAAAAGAGGAAAGCCAAGAAAAAGAAGCAACACUCAGAUGAGCCCGAAGAGAAUGGUGUCCCAGACAACGGUGAAGCUUCACAGGAGCACAAUGAAGAGAAGUCUAAAAAGAGAAAGAAACGAUCAAAAGUAGAUUUAGGAUCAGAAGAUGCAGCUGCUGCUGUUGUGGAUACUGACACAACUAAAAAGAAGAAAAGGCCCAAAAUACAGCUGGAGGAGGAAAGCACAAGUGAAUUGGCAGAGACUGCUGAACCAACAGAAGCGAGCAUCUCCAAGGAAAAGAGGAAAAAGAAGAAACACUUAGAAAAAGGCAGUGCUCUGGAGGAAAGACGGAGUAAAAACAUUGAAGAGUCUGCAGAAACACCAGAAAGUCAGGAACAUGAGCAGCAGGAAGAGCGCACAGCUGUACUUCACCCAACACCUGAAGUCACCAAGAAGAAAAAGAAGAAAUCCUCAAAGGCCAAUAAAGACAAAUCUGAAGUUCCAGAAAUGGGCGCCAUCGCAGCAGAGACUGUGGAAACAGCUGAUUUAGGAAAAGAACCAUCACAAUCGGAAAAAAGGAAAAGCAGAGAGGAGGAGGACUUGAAGACAGAGUCUGAGAAUAGAUCAGUCGCUAAAGCAACUCAAAAGAAGAAGAAAAAAAGGAAACGUGCAGAGUGAUGUUUUCUACUGAAUUUCAUAUGCCAUGUCAAACUUGGGUGUCUAAAAUAUAGUACUGAUCAUCAUCUUCAGUUCUGAUAAAUGACUAGCAGCAAAAACAAUAUAUUUAUGGUCUGGACAAUAAUACUUCAGAUUUUUUUCUCGGCUUUGUUGCUGUUUGUACUGUACUGUGAGUCAUGAAUUUGUAAUUUAUAAUCAUUUUAAAUUUGUCUCUCCUGUUCCACGCUAAUGCAUUUCAGACCCGUUUUCAUUCAGAGCAUGUCCUCUCAGCUCCAUGAACUGGCUCGAUGAUCUAGUGACUCAUUUUAAUCAUGGAAAGUACUGCAGUUUUUUUUUUUUUUUGUAAUUCAAUGCAGUUUUUAGAACAUCUUGUUGAAAUAUAAUUUAUCUACAUAAUACAUUUUGAAAAACAUCUUGAGGUUUAUGUGUUUUGUAUCAGCAUGAACUAUUGAUUUGGUUUUCUUGCUUACAAUCAAAACCAAACUGCAAACAACUAGUGAAAUCCAUGAUAAACAAGUGGAAACAUAGAGACACACCAGCCAAUUAUUAUUAUUUUUUCUCCCUAGUAACAUUCUUAAUGUACUGAGAAAUAAAAAACACAUUUAUAGUGGUAGGGCUGUUGAAUUAUAUGAGGGGUGUUCAAAAGCUGUAAACUAGUGUGUCCAUCAACAACAUUCCCAGCAGAGGUGGCUUCAGAGAGUUUGAAAAGCAAUGGAUACCCUAUUGGGACCUGCUUCACGUCUCCCAAUAGAGACGUGAAGCAGGCUUUAUCAGAUCAUGGCUCUGGUGUAUUUGGAAAUCUUUGUACUUUAAUGUUUUUUAAGCACUAGUGAAACUCUGGAAUAACGGCAUUACUGUAGCAGGGGAUUAUACAGAGAAAUAAAAGUAGUUUUUACGCUACAAAUUGUUCUGUUAUUCUGCAAAAUCAAAAGUGCCAGUUCGACCUGAAUGCCCCCUCAGUAAAAUUUCAUGAUUUUCUGUCAAAUAAAUUUGCUAAGUUGAUCUAUCCUCUCA